UGAGCGCAACGUCUAGGCUAGAAUUCCAGAGGAAGUUGAGGGCCUCCAGCUCUGCGCAGGAAGCAAUCUUGGAGUAGGCCUUAAAUGCCAGAUUCCAGGCAGAGUUUAACUAACCACUGACAGCUUUGUAAACAAAGCCGGGGACAAAAAGAGAACAGCUUUCCCUUUUCUGGUAGUCAUUUUUAGUUUGGGGGCCUGAAGGAGCUGUUCUCCUAUAUUUGUCUCGAUGGGAUAUAAACCAAAGGCUGCAAGAGGUCUGGAUGUGAAGGGACUAUAAAGAGGGGAGCAAAUAUUUUAUGGAGUGACUCAUCGAGAAGAAGUUCUGCCUGUUUGGGAGGUUUUAUUAGAGCUUGAAUACGAGCCAUGGACGACUUUGACCGUCGCAGAGAGCUCAGGAGGCAGAAACGGGAGGAGAUGCGCCUGGAAGCAGAGAGAUUAGCCUAUCAAAGAAAUGACGACGAUGAUGAAGAAGCAGCUCGAGAGCGGCGUAGGCGGGCCAGGCAAGAAAGGCUGCGGCAAAGAGAAGAGGACGACAUAUCAGGGACGGAGAAACCUGAAGUCAAUGCUCAAAACAACAUCACAGAUGAAGAGAGCAAAAGUUCUACCACAACUGUUACCACCGUUACAAACACUCAAGGGGAUGGGGACGGUGAUGAGUCUGUGUUCUUGGAGAGGAUGGCAAAGAGAGAAGAGAGGCGCCAGAAACGUCUUCAAGAGGCCUUGGAACGCCAGAAAGAAUUCGACCCGACUGUCACCGACGAAAGCCUGUCGUUCACAAGCAGGAGAGAAGUGAACAACGUGGAAGAAAACGAAGCCCCCAGGAAAGAGGACAAAGUCGAAACCCACAGAGGACGCUACGAGAUUGAGGAAACUGAAACCAUCACCAGAUUGUACCAGAGGAAUAAUCUGAGACAAGAUGAAGAAGAGGAGAAGAAAGAAGAGGGAGACAAGGGUGAAGCAGAAGAGGAGAAGCCAAAGCAAAGAAUCAUAGACGAGAAUCAGGUAGAAGUAACGAUAGAAAAGAAAUCGCUAGACAAAGAAGAGGAAGCUGUGGUGUUAGACGUAAAACUCCCUGAGGUAAACGCAGAUGAGCAAAAAGUAGCCAAUGACACAAGUGCCGUUGCAGUAACAGAACAAGAAAUUGAGAGUGAGGAGGCUGUCAGCGUCAUGGGAGCACUAGAUGGAAAGAAAGAGGAUGAGGAUGAGGAUGAAGCUGAAAAGGAAAGGCUACAAGAGAAGGAGAGGCUGGAGAGGGAGGAAAUAGAGAAAGCUAAAGCAGAAGAGGAAAGGAGAGCAGAGGAAGAGAGGGAAAAAAGAGCCGCUGAGGAGAGGGAGAGGUUAGAGCAAGAGGAAAGAGAGCGGCUCAAAGCAGAGGAAGAGGAGAGAAAGAGGCUUGAAGCGGAGGAGAAAAGGGCAGCUGAGGAGAAAGAGAGGCUAGAAGCAGAGGAAAGAGAGAGGCUCAAAGCAGAGGAACAAAGGAAAGCUGAGGAGGAAAGAAAAAGGGUUGAAGCAGAGGAGAAAAGGGCAGCUGAGGAGAAAAAGAGGCGGGAAGCUGAGGAGAAGGAAAGGAUCAAGGCUGAGGAGAAAAAAGCAGCUGAGGAAAGAGAGAGGGCAAAGCAGAAGGAUAAGAGGGAAGCGGAAGCUAAGAGGGCAGCUGAGGAAAAGGCCAAGCUAGAAGAGGAGAAGUUAAAGGCAAAGCAGAAGGCAGAGGAGAAAAGGGUAGAAGAGAAGCAGGGGAAAGGGAAGAAGGGAGAAGAGAAGAAAAUAGAAGAGAAGCAGGUAAAAGAGAAGAAGGUACAAGAGGAAAAAACCCCACUGGCUUCCCUAAGAAAACAGGGGGAAGAGAAAGAGGCUAAAAAGGAAAAGCUACAAGACGAGAAACUUCGGCCGGCCUUCAAAAAAGAGGAGGUAACUGUUACUUCGGGGAAGGAUAAAAGACAACAAAGUGAAAUAAAAGACAAAGAAGAGGGCCAAAAGACGCAGGCUGCUUCCAGCUGGGAUCUGUACAAGAAGGGACUCUCUUGUUUCGAAGCCCUCCAAAACGGGGGAAGCCGCUUCCCAGAACUCCCUGCUCACAGAAACUGAAGCAUCUGGACAACGGAGAAUGCUUUUAGCCGCCCUGGUCUCAAAACCACCUCAAACGCUGAGGAAGCCAAGCCAAACGUGGAGGCAGGCAAGCGGGUAGAGGAACUGCGCCGCCGCCGCGGCGAGAACGAGAAUGAAGAGUUUGAAAAGAUGAAGCAGAAACAACAGGAGGCCGCUGUGGAACUGGAGGAGCUGAAGAAGAAGCGUGAGGAGCGUCGGAAGGUUCUGGAAGAAGAAGAGCAGAGGAAGAAGAAAGACGAAGUGGACAGAAAAGCUAGGGAGGAGGAAGAGAAGAGGCGGCUGAAGGAAGAAAUUGAGCGGAGAAGGGCAGAAGCUGCGGAGAAGCGGCAGAAGAUGCCAGACGAAGGCUUGUCUGAAGACAAGAAGCCUUUCAAAUGCUUCACCCCCAAGGGCUCUUCUCUUAAGAUAGAAGAACGUGCGGAAUUCCUGAACAAAUCUGCCCAAAAGAGCGGGAUGAAAACUUCUCAAGCGGCAGCAGUCGUCUCUAAGAUUGACAGCAGGCUCGAGCAAUACACGAGCGCGAUUGAGGGCACGAAGGCUUCCAGGCCUGCCAAGGCAGCCCCCUCUGAUCUCCCAGUUCCUGCCGAGGGAGUUCGUAACAUUAAGAGCAUGUGGGAGAAAGGCAAUGUGUUCGCCUCGCCCUCUGGCACAGGGACGCCCAACAAGGAAACAGCUGGGCUAAAGGUCGGAGUUUCCAGUCGUAUCAACGAAUGGUUAACUAAGACCCCAGAAAACAACAAGUCACCUGCUCCAAAACCUUCAGACUUAAGACCCGGAGACGUAUCUGGCAAACGCAACCUCUGGGAGAAGCAGUCGGUGGAAAAGGCCUCGUCUCCCACAAAGGUAACAGCAGCAGGGAAAAAGUCAGAGGCCAAUGGUUUGAGACAAUUUGAAAAGGAACCCUAAGGAAACCCACAAAUGAUGCUGGACCAACUCAGUUUUAAAAACGGAAGUGCUAAAUUUGUCUUUCAUUUUUAUAUAUAUUUAUGGUUGUUUACCAAAAAGGCCUUUUUGUUGGUUUUUUUUUCAUUAUUCCAGUUAAAAACCUUGUAUAUUAGCACUGUAUUUAAUAAUCUGCCUUAAAACAUCCAUCCUAAUAGUAGUGCCUUUGCAUAAGAGCCUUAUUUCUAAAAGAAACCCAUGCUGUGAAAUAGAGACCCUUCUACUGUUUAUCUCUCAACAAAAUUGUGCGUCUGAACAAGUCCGCUGAAAAGGAUCACUGUCCACCCGACACAGACUUCCAUCCAUGCAUACACCCCUGCAAAUGAAAGGGGAGGAAAAAGAUCUGGGUUCAUUUCAAAUAACAAUUUAAAAAACAAAUGAAGAAGCUGAUAAAUGUUGUUUAAAGGCGUAGUGCAGACAAACCUCUUUUCAGCUGUCUGUUUACUGAACGGGAACCGUUUGACACAAUCCCCUAAUUUGAUUUUCUUGCAUGAGCCCUAUUGUAAUGUGUAAGAACCAAUGCCCACUUCAUACCAGAUCUCUGAUUAGUGCCCCACUUUCCGCAAAGGAGAGGGCGAGCUUCCCUCUUAUGUCCAAACUGAUGUCUCUGUGAAUAAAGGGGGCACCCCAGAACGACGAAGGGGCACCCAGUCCAUGUGAUUCUCUGGUCCCAGCCUUUACGUGUGACCGGAGGACCAGUGUGACGUGCCGGCUGCAUAUGCAACAUUAGGCCCACAGUGGACAUGAGAGGAGCCAGCAUCUAACAAAGGACAUGUGGCGUUAUGGAUUCUGCUCUCAAUGCAGAAUCCAGCAUGAAGGAUCCUCUAGGACCGUGGUGGCGAACCUUUGGCACUCCAAUUGGCCAUGCUGGCAGGGGCUGAUGGGAAUUGUAGUCCAUAACAUCUGGAGUGCCAAAAGGUUCGCCACCACGGCUCUAGGAAAACAGGCCUAUGAACCCGUUCUUUCUGCACUUUAAAGUGAGGCAGGGAAGAAACUACUCUCAGUUAACAAUAUUCUUUACUGUGCCCAUGUCACAUUUGCAUCGGUAACAAACUGGGGACAUGUUUUGUACUUUAUAUUUUUUGUUUGUUUUCCUAUUUACUUUUUAAGUUAAUGUCUUAAAUUUGGAUGACUGUGGUUGACAGCGGUACUGAAAUUUUAGGUUUUUUUUUUCUUCCAGUUAGUUGCAGUUUUAGAUUAUAUACAAUAUAGCUUUACGUGAUUUAGCUGUAAGGCACUACUAACUGUAGAAGGCUUUUAAUACCUGCUAGAGUACUAUAUUUAGUUAUAAACUUAACAUGACUAGCCAAUAUCACAACCUUUUUUUUAAAAAAAAUACACACUUUUUAUAUUAAGAUUUCAUAAUUGCCGUUAGGCUAAGGCAAGAGAAGUACUUAGAUUUUUUUUUUUAAAAAAAAUAUCAGAUGCCUGUCGAUGGGUAAUUAAAUUUAUAGUUUUAAAGGAGGGAGAAAAGGAUUUUAAGUGUCAAACAUAGGUCACUUGUAUAAAGCAAUGUAGCUAAUUUAUAUAAAACUUCCAUGAUUAACACAAACAAGACACAUACGCACACGUUAUGUUGGUGACACAUUUUUUUUCUUCAUUACUGCACACUUUAAUUUCCCUUUAGCAAGGCUAUCUUUAUCUCAGUUUGUCUUUUAAAAAUCCACAAAACGGGCACAAUCCAUCCAUCACCCCCCUUUCUUUACAGGAAGGGAGCAAUGGAGGACUGUUUUCCCUCUUCCUCUGGCUGUUGGUCACAUAGAUUCUAUAGUGAACCAGUCCAGUGUAUAAAAGGGGAAACCAUAUGUUUCUCCUGUAUAUGGCUCACCAUCCCUCUUUGCCCCGAGGUCUCUGUGCAUAAGUUAUUCGUGCUCCAGAAUGCACAUGGGUUGAGGGCCAGAUGUGUUGAGGGCAGGGAGGAAUCAGGACUGAACCUCAAACACUCUGUCAAGCCACCUGCACCCGUGUGCAGGAGGGGAAGAGGGAUGAUGAUGCGAAUUCUGCUCCACAUUAUUUACAGGCAUAUCGUUUUGAUUUGUAUAUAGCAUCCACAAUGGUUUCAAUUCACAUGGCACAGCGUUCAGCAUUUUAUGUCGUAAAGAAUACGGAUAGGGUCAAACGGGCAGCAGCUCGGUUUGGGUUUUAGCCCGCCCUCAAAUUAAGUUUAUAGCUUGAGAACUGUUAACAGUUAACUCUUUCUCUGCAUUUCUGGUGCAUUUCUCUGUCUCACCCCGUUUUUGUUAAAAGGACGAUGAUGCAUGAUCAUUUUGUUUAAGGGAUGAUGAUAUAUGCCUCCUUAAACCCUCCUGCUGACCCCAUGAAAUUUCACGUCAGCUUUCACAAUCGAGUGAAGUUAUGCAAAAAAAGUAACCGCAGAAAUGUCUUUUCUUUUCUGUUUGGUUGGGUUUUUUUAACUACACUUUUGGACUCUUUACAUCAGAAUAGCUGCAAUAAAUCAAUAUGCUGAAUCUGCAAUUCACAAUAAAUGGAGUAUGUCUAUCUGAA